AUGCGUUGGUUGCAAAGUCCAUUGUGCGCAGGCAUUUUCGCAGCCCCUCCGUGCAGAACUUGCAGUAAAGCCCGCAACAUCCCUCUUGCGCAAGGGGUUCGAAAGGGUAACUUUUGCAAACUCCCUCGACCACUUAGGUCAGAUCAGUUCCCUGAAGGUCUUCCGGGCCUUACCACGCUUGAACGCAUUAAGGUCAGUCAAGCAAACAAGCUGUUCGACUUUUUGGCCACUGUGAUCUUAAACUGUCUUGAGCGUGAGCAAAUUGUUGCCGUCGAAAACCCCAGAGGCAGUUUCUUCUGGAAGACACGUUUUUGGAAAACAGUUUCACAGCAUUUCCGCUAUCAAGCACAUCAAGCAUGUGGUUAUGGAAGUUCUCGCCCCAAAUGGACCGUCAUAGCUUACAACCACUCCGCUUUUGCUAAGAUUUCACGAACUUGUCCAGGAGAAUCUAGGGCCCACGUGCACGAGCCCUGGGGCCUUGUACAACAUGGCCCGGCACAGGGCAACUUUGCGACCGCUUUAGAGACAGCCUAUCCGCCUGCUCUGGCUCUUCACAUUGCCAUUGCCUUCGUUGAAGCCAUGAAGCAUCGAGGAUGGUCUCCUGGUUACACACCAUACGAACCUCAUCAGUUAAUUGAAAACUCAGUGUUGCUUCGUUCAAUCACUGGGCAUCAACCUCGGGCUUCAAAAGCACCUGCCUUGGUUCCAGAAUUUGCUUCGUGUCUCAUGGUGCGUUCGCGCCAUCCAAUCCCAGCACCAUGUCCAAUCAUGACGAAGCUCACCAAACCCUGGGCCGUGCCGCCUUUCGCGCAGUGUGCUCUGCCCGAAGUUCCCAUUCAUUCCAAACUUCUCCGCGCCACACCAAUUCGGUUAAUCGGGGGGGAUGGGGAUGACUAUGAGAAAGAUAAGAUGCUCUAUGUUUUUGAGCUAGCCUGGGGCGUGCCGCAUGAACCAGAGAAAUUUGUGCAAGAAGCGGUAACAGCAGGUCACCCAUCUCAAUAUGAAUCCUUUUUGCCGAAGAUUCUCCAUCAAGCCCUUGAAGCGCACAAAGCCCUGAGCGACGCUGAGCUAGUUAAGUUAAGAUUGAAGUGGGUUAAGAAAUGGACUGAAAGAUCCCAGACUCUAGAGCUCAGAGCCUCGGAAAGAGACCUUAAAGCUAGCCUCCCGCAACAUGCAAAGACCAUCCUAAAGGAUAAGAAGAUUGCCUUGUGGAAGGAAAUGCUCGAAGAUCUUCAGUACGAAGAUAUGGGAGUAGUGGAUGAGUUGGUAGAGGGCACAAAACUCCUAGGUGAAGUUCCGCUAACCAAUGUUUUUCCGCAGCACUUCAAGCCCGCAGAGUUUUCAGUAGAAGACGCAAAACAGGAGUCUCAGACCCUAAGAGAAGUUGUUCUUAAAAAGACUAGAUCCUCAGGAGAUAGAGACUUGGAUGCAGAGGUCUUUGAGAAAACCAUAGAGGAAGUGAGUAAAGGUUGGCUGGCGGGGCCCAUGGAGCUUAGCUCCCUUCCAGAGCCCUCUCUGAUAGGUCGACGAUUCGGCUUGAAGCAAGGUCCAAAAACCCGCUUGAUCGAUGACUUGACUGUAGGAGGCCAGAAUGGAACGGUCCAGAGCAAUGAAUCGCCCAAGCCCCAAGGACCAGAUGUCAUUGCUGCAAUAUUAAUAGGCCUCAUGAAAGUGCUACCGGGUGAAUCCGUGGAAGGCCGUGCUUACGACCUCAAGUCGGCGUAUAAACAGCUGGCAAUUUGUGAAAGUGAUCUAUGGGCAGCCUUUGUUUCCUGCUUUAACCCCAAGACCAAGUCACCUUCCAUCUUUCAAUUAAAGGCGGUCCCGUUUGGAGCAACGAGAGCUGUCUAUUCGUUCUUAAGGGUGGUAAGGUCAAUAUGGUAUAUCGGUGUAGUGGGGCUGAAGCUACCUUGGUCCUGCUUCUUCGACGACUUUGUGGUCUUCUCUAAGCAAGGCAUGGUUAAAUCCACUGACGCUGCAGUCACCGCCUUGUUCCGUUUGAUUGGCUGGAAAUUUGCCGAAGAAGGCGAAAAGUGUCAGCAGUUCUCAUCCGAGGUGUCAGCGCUAGGCAUAAAAGUUUGUUUAAAAGACUUUAGCAGAGGCAAGGUAUACUUCGACAACACAGAAAAGCGCAAGCAAGACUUGUCAGACUUAAUCCAAGAGACCUUGAAGUCCAAAAAUGUGACGCAGAAAGAAGGUCAGGUGUUGAGGGGCAAGCUACAAUUUGCAGACUCUCAGGUGUAUGGUCGGUUGAGUAAGUUGUGCCUAGCUGAAGUUUCAAAACUUUGCGCCAGUGGUGGCAAAGCCCUGGACGGGCAAGCAGAAAUGGCCCUCAAAAGGUUUUUGGGUUUCCUGAGCUCCGGAAAGCCUAGAGUCUUGUCGUGUCAUACAGAUAGACCAUUCUUCUUGUUUACUGAUGCAUGCUUUGAACCCACUAGCCCAUUCUGGGCAUGCGGAUUGGGGGGCGUCUUGGUGAAUGACCAAGGCAUUCUGUUAGAGUUCUUUUCAUGCUCUUUAUCGGACGAGGAGAUGAAAAAACUUGGAAGUGAAUCCAAGAAGAGCAUCAUAUUCGAAGCUGAGCUUCUUGCCUUGAUCGUUGCAAUGUACCGCUGGUCGAGCGUGUUGAAAUCAGCUUCGUGCGUGUGCUAUAUUGAUAACAAUGCGGUGAGGGACGUAGCAAUAAGCGGACGAGCAAGGAAUGCAGCAGGUAUACAUCUUCUCGAGAGACUUUUGCAAGUCGAAAUGAGAUUGGGUGUGAAUGCUUGGUUCUGUAGAGUAGCCAGUGAGUCCAACAUAGCAGACUAUCCGUCCAGAAAUGAUCUAAGACUCUUCAAUGCGGUUCGACAAGUUGAGGUAAAACCGCUGAUAAGGCAGAUCUUAAAAGGUUUCGGAUAA